AUGACCAGUAAUAUUGCGAACUCAAAAUAUCACCUAAAGUGCAAAGGAGGUCCAUUUAAUAGUCCUAUAACAAUAGUUGGGGGAGUGUGUGUAAUGCUGUUGGGCAACAUGUCAGCUUCAUUUCAUGAUGUUAUUGGUCUAAUUCCUGCAUUAGGUGUUUCAGCUCAAUUAACUAGCACAUGCCUUCGUCGCAACACAUCUGUUGGAACCCCUUUCUGGAUGGCCCCAGAGGUCAUAGCUUGUGAACAGCAGCUGGAUUCCAGUUAUGACGUACGAUGUGAUGUCUGGUCCUUGGGUAUCACAGCCAUUGAGCUGGGGGAUGGUAACCCACCACUAACAGAUUUACAUCCAAUGAGGGCUUUGUUCAAAAUUCCAAGAAGUCCACCUCCAAAACUGCACCAACCAGAACUAUGGACAGAAACCUUCAACGAUUUCAUUGCUAAAUGCCUCAUUAAAGACUUUGAGCUUCGUCCAACUGUAUCUGAGCUCCUGGAGCACCCAUUCAUUAAACAGAUUCAAGGGAAGGAGAAAGCCCUACAGAAACAAUUGAUGGAGCUGAUAGACCUUCACCAGCAAAUGGGCACCAUUGAAAGGACAAGGCAUGAACGUAUUCACACAAAGAAGGAUCAAUACAUGAAAGGCAUGUCAAAUCUGGAUAGCACCGAUGAUCUGGCCGCACUUGAAGUACUGGAUGAAAGUACAGUCACCGAACAAUUACAAACGCGGUACAGCAAGGAGCAGAUAUAUACUUACGUUGGAGACAUCCUUAUCGCUGUUAAUCCCUUCCAAACACUGGAUAUCUAUUCCUCAGAGCAUUCCAAGCUGUAUGCUGGAGCAAAGCGGAUAGCCAAUCCACCCCACAUCUUUGCCGUGGCAGACAUUGCCUACCAGGCUAUGAUCACUUACAACUCAGAUCAGUGCAUUGUGAUCAGUGGAGAGAGUGGUGCAGGAAAGACCGAAAGUACCCACUUUUUAGUAGAGCAACUCACUGUCCUUGGAAAGACCAAUAACAGGAUGCUACAGGAGAAGAUUCUUCAGGUGAAUAACCUGCUUGAAGCGUUUGGAAAUGCCUGCACAGUAAUCAACAACAACUCCAGUAGGUUUGGCAAGUAUUUGGAAAUGAGGUUCACCAGUGGAGGGACAGUCAUGGGAGCUCAGAUCUCAGAGUACCUGCUUGAAAAAUCAAGAGUCAUCCACCAAGCCCCGGGUGAGAAGAAUUUCCAUAUUUUCUACUAUCUCUAUGCUGGUCUGGCACAGAAAGACAAACUUGCUCAUUAUAAAUUAUCCAAGGGACAACCUCCAAGAUAUCUGCAAGAUGAGAAGAUAACGAUGGAAGAAAUAGUAAACAACUUUUUCUACAAAAGCCAGUUUGAAGCUCUUGAACAGUGCUUCAAAGUUAUUGGUUUCACCGUCGAGGAACUGGAGAACAUAUACAGUAUUUUGGCAGCUAUCUUGAAUGUUGGUAACGUCGAGUUUACCUCUGUCGUAACAGAGCACCAGACUGACAAAAGCAAUAUUAUCAAUUUUGCAAUUCUGGAAAAUGCUGCUUCAUUGUUGAGUAUCCAAACAGAUGAGCUACAGGAGGCUCUCACCUCUCACUGUGUAGUGACUCGAGGAGAAACAAUUGUGCGUCCCAAUACAGUCGAGAAGGCCACUGAUGUCAGAGAUGCUACAGCCAAGGCUUUGUAUGGCCGUCUCUUCAGCUGGAUAGUCAACCGCAUCAAUGCCUUACUAAAGCCAGAGACAUUUCUGAGUGAUGCUGAUAAUAAUGUUGACAAAGGAACAGACAUUGGAAUUCUUGAUAUAUUUGGCUUUGAGAACUUUAAGAGAAAUUCCUUUGAACAAUUAUGCAUUAAUAUUGCCAAUGAACAGAUUCAGUUCUACUUCAAUCAACACAUCUUUGCCUGGGAACAGAAUGAAUAUCUGAAUGAAGGGGUGGAUGCUCGGUUAGUUGAAUAUGAAGACAACCAGCCACUACUGGACAUGUUUCUGCAGAAGCCCAUGGGCCUUCUUGCAUUGCUAGAUGAAGAAAGUCGAUUUCCCCAAGCCACUGACCAAACACUUGUUGGGAAAUUUGAAGACAAUCUCAAAUCAAGUUACUUCUGGAGACCAAAGAGGGUUGACUUAAGCUUUGGAAUUAAUCAUUAUGCAGGAAAGGUUCUUUAUAAUGCCAGUGGCUUUCUCGCAAAGAAUCGAGACACAUUGCCAGCAGAUAUUGUCCUACUUUUGAAGUCAUCUGAUAAUAAAAUUACUCGGCAGGUUGUAGCACACCCACUUACAAAAUCAGGAAAUCUGACUCGCUCUAAGAGCAAAGGUGCAACAGUUCCCCGAGUUCGAACUCCUCAGCGCUCAGUGAAUCAUUCAAAGGUGGAUGACUCUGUAUUUCACAGCUAUUAUUGCCUUUGUGAGACAUGCCACCAGGAAAAGCGGCAGCUCCUAGAUCCUUUCAAGAAGUCAGCACCUCACAACAACAUGCGUAACUCAUUCUGCUUGUCACAAACACAGGUUGACACUGGAGAGUCUGGAAAUGCGCCCAGAGAAGCCACGAACAUGAAAACACAAACUGUUGCUUCUUAUUUCAGGUAUUCGCUCAUGGAUCUCCUCUCCAAGAUGGUGAGUGGGUUGCCUCAUUUUGUGCGUUGCAUCAAACCGAACAAUGAUCGCCAGGCCAAGAAGUUUGAUCAAGAAAAGGUGUUGGUGCAGCUCCGAUACACGGGUGUUCUGGAAACUGCCCGAAUCCGCAGACAAGGAUUUUCACACCGCAUUCUCUUUGCAAAUUUCAUUGAGAGAUACUACCUUCUUGCAUUCAAGUCAACUGAAGAACCUCCAGUAAAUCCUGAGAUAUGCAUUGCCAUUUUGAAAAAGGUUAAACUUACCAACUGGGUCCUAGGGAAGACCAAAGUGUUUCUUAAAUACUACCAUGUGGAACAGCUAAACCUCAUGGUAAAGGAGCUGCUGGAUCGUGUAGUUCUCAUGCAGGCCUAUGUGAAAGGCUGGCUUGGAGCUAAAAGGUACAGAAGGUUGCAAGAGAAGAGGCAGCAGAGUGCAGUUGCCAUUCAGUCAGCGUAUAGAGGGCACAAGGUGAGGAAGGACAUUGCAGCUGAGAAACAGGAACUAGAGGAAUCAAUAAUAAAACUUCAAGCCGCUGCAAGAGGAUACUUGAGCCGAAAAGUAAUCAGAGAGAUGCUGGAAGAACAGAACAAAGCUGCAGUUAAAAUCCAGGCCCACUAUAGAGGCCACAUGGAUAGAAAAGCUCUGAAAGAGCCAACAAUACAUGAUGCAAAAAAUCUACAUGAUAAACAAUACAGUAGAUCUGAUGUGAAUGGCAAAGAGAUGCAAGGAGAUUCAGCAAAAAGAUCCCCUCAGAAUGACAGCAGUCAAAAAUCAGCAGGGAGCCAGAAAAGGGAGUUAAAGGUGCCAUCAGGUCAGGCCACAAGUGCAACCAAUGCAGAGGGUGAUGAGGACAAGGCUGCAAAAGUCAUUCAGAGCAACUUCCGUGGGCACCAAGAGAGGAAACAUCUGGAGAAUGAGGGAAAGCUUCCUGAACAAAGAAAAAAUAUUGGAAAAUCUCCACAGGAACAUCACAAGAAAGUAUACCCUAUGAACAGAGCAAGGAACGAGAUGCCGGGGGAUGAAGACCAAGCAGCAGUGAAAAUUCAAAGCAAUUACAGAGGCUUUAAAGAAAGAAAACAAAUUCAAGAAUAUACUAAACAGGAAGGAGAAAUGGUUGCAAAUUUUUCAAAACAGAUAGCAAAACGCUCCAGUGAAUUCUUGAUUGCCCAGAAGAAGCUGAAUGAUGUCAUCGCCUCACACUAUCUGACGUCUAUGAGCCAAGAUCGACAAUCUGUGAAUAAGCAAUCAAAUGGGAGCUCGUUGUCACAGCAGUCACAGCCAGGUCCCAAUAAAGUAAGUGACCAGAAACAGCAAAGAACGCCUAGGAGGACUCAGCCACCAAAGACUGUAAAUACACCUGAAGACAACACAUACUACAACAUCAUUCAUAGGUCAGUGCAGGAUGGAAAGAGAAGACCCCGGAGAGACAGCCAAGUGAAGUUGCUGGACGAAGAUGAUCGUUACUACGGAGAAAUUGCUCCUGGUGAUUCCACGACCAAGGGUAACACUAAAACAACAGGGAAAAUUUCUUCAUCACAACCCAGAUCCACAAACCCCACCCACUCCAACAGCACAUCCAUUCUACAAGAAGAAAUUCAAGAUGAAGAUAAUCCAUAUGACUAUAGAAAACUGCUUCGUAAAACCUCCCAAAGGAAUCGUCUCAUUGAGCCUUGCUAG